CGCAUGCAGACCAUCAGGCUACAUUCUUAGUCCGGGACUAAUUUUUAGUCCUGUACUUCGGUAUAUGUAAACAGCACCGCCCCGAUGGUUGCUUGUUUUAAGCGUGGAACGAUCCGCCGGGCUCGAUUGACACUGUCUGAUCUGCUGCUGCGGAUUGCUCAGAAUAACAAGGCUGCUCGCUAAUUCCCGUCUAUCGGGGCUUUCGCCGAAACACCGAGAGAGUAGGGUCCAAAAAAAGCCAACAAGGCAGGCAAGAACGCCGCGCCGCCGCUGUCUGCACCCAAGAAUGGCUUCAGGAGACCUUUACGAGGUGGAGCAGAUCGUGGAUAAGAGGCGGAAUAAGAAGGGUAAGUGGGAGUAUCUAAUUAGGUGGAAAGGCUAUGGAAGUAAAGAGGACACCUGGGAGCCAGAACACCAUCUACUACACUGUGAAGAAUUUAUUGAUCAGUUCAAUAGCUCAAGACUGCACUCACACAAACGGCCCAAAGUUUCCAAAAACCGUGGAGAGCCCUUCAUUCCUAGCCACCUUUCUGCAACAGAUGACUCAAGAGCUAGAUCUGAAGCUCGAAAAAAGAAAAGGACUAGUGGCUCAACUGUGGGGGUGAGAGUAGGGACUGUUCUAGGGAUUGGAAGUGGAGGAUCAGGAACCACUCAAAAGCAGAAAAAAGUGGGUGUAGGACCUGGAAAACAUGCUUUAGGGGACAGAAUGAGCAAAGCGAUGACAUUUAAAGCUCCUCCACCAGGCGGACCUCCGUUUGUCCCGUCAUUGAGGGUUCCUCAUAAUGGACUACAGAACGGAGAGAUGGACUCUCUCAUGUACAGGACUGCAGCAAGGUCACAGCGACUGCCCUCAGACAGGGUGGAUGGAGAACUAGGACAUAUGGAAGCCAGCGGACAGCAGUUUACUACUGAACUAGGCUCACCUUUAGCCAAUGGGAAGAUGCACCUACACAGCUCAGUGAAGCGGAAGCUGGCUGAGGAGAAAGGCUACGUUUUUGACAAGCGUCUCAGGUACAACGUGCGACAGAACGAGAGCAAUUGUCGAUUUCGAGACAUUGUGGUCAGGAAGGAAGAGGGCUUCACGCAUGUCCUGCUCUCCAGCCAAACAACAGAUAACAAUGGUCUGACGCCAGAGAUCAUGAAGGAAGUUUGUCGAGCUUUGGGUAAUGCCGCUGCGGAUGACAGUAAAUUACUACUGCUCAGUUCAGUGGGGACUGUUUUCUGCAGUGGCCUGGAGCCAUCGUAUCUGAUAGGGCGUCUGUCCACUGACCGCAGAAAAGAGAGCAGCCGCAUCGCAGAUGCUGUACGGGACUUUGUGUUGGCAUUCAUCCACUUCAAGAAACCCAUUGUGGUGGCAAUAAACGGCCCUGCUCUGGGCUUGGGAGCAUCCAUCCUGCCACUGUGCGAUGUGGUGUGGGCCAGUGAAAGGGCCUGGUUCCAAACUCCAUGUGCAGCCCUGCACCUCACUCCUUCUGGAUGCUCCUCUUACACCUUCCCUCAAAUACUGGGCGUCGCUCUUGCCAAUGAGAUGCUCUUCUGUGGAAGAAAACUCACAGCACAAGAAGCAUGCAGUCGAGGGCUCGUGUCGCAGGUCUUCUGGCCAACCACAUUCAACCAAGAGGUGAUGCUGCGUGUGAAGGAAAUGGCAUCUUGUAGCGCAGUGGUCUUAGAAGAGUCUAAAUGCCUGGUGAGGAGCAUCCUCAUGUCCGUCCUGGAGGAAGUGAAUGAGAAGGAAUGUCAGAUGUUGAAGCAGCUAUGGUGCUCAACUAAAGGACUAGAGGCACUCUUCAGUUACCUGCAGAACAAGACAAGUGAAAAGUAACCAUCCCACCACAGAAAUUAUAGAUGAUCAGUGUGGGUAUGAAGCUACCUAAAAAACAAAAAAGGGGGAUCAGGUUGGCAGUGCUGUGGUGUCAAACUCAUUAUGGGCCUUUAUUUACAUCUAUCAGCAGGAGAAUUCUUUCUGAUUUCUUUCUGUGUAUAUCUGUUAAAAAUUAAAUUCAGUCAUGAUCACUUUUCUAAAAGAGGUUUUUGUUUUGUCCCUAAGUUUUCCCAGAUUUCCACGCUCUGUGUUAAUGAGGCAAAGGGCCAAAUAUGCAUUGCGUAAGCGCAGGGAGGUACAGAGUGCAUCUGUACAUAUGUGAGACUUAUUCAACAAGAUGGAUGAAAUAAUAAAUGUAUUUCUGACUGCACAUGACAAAGUGAUGAUAAUAUAUAGAAGAAUAAUAUAUAUUUAUUACAAGCGUGUAAAAGAGUUGCUUUGUGUACAUAGGAUGCAUUUUUCCAGGAUUUUUCUUUUAGUUUCUUACUGUUUUGAAUUGAAGUGUAAACCAAAGUUUGCAUGAGGACACAGUUGCUUGCUCCUUAUCAUGCACAUUCUCUCCUAUUUGUAUUGACUGUGUGUAGUCAUGAAGUAGUGUGGAAUUCUUUUUCCUCAUAAUUAUAUUUUCUUACAUAAACAUCUUUAUUAAAAAGAGCAUUUCUGUUUGCUUACAUUAUUAAAAUAACCUGGUAGAUGAAAUUAAAUUCUUCCAUUUAAAUAAAAAGUAUUUCAGGUGGGGGUUUUUUGUUUUGUUUUUUAAAUAAAGCUAUUUAGUCGUUUCCCUCUUUAACAUUAUAGGCAAGAAUACUGUCUUUAAUUUUUACAAAAAAUCACACGAAGGCCAGGAUUUCUCUUCUCUUGCUGGAAUAAUGCACCGAUAAUUUUUACUAAUCUGUGAAUGCUAGCACUAAAUAGAAAUGCUGAAAGUAACUGACUGCAAUUCUCACAGGGGAAAAUUGGUGAUGAAUCCGAUCAAACUGUGCACUACAUAUAGGAGCCUUUAUUGAGUAAUUGUCAUUAUAUAAAAUGUAUGAACAUUCUUUUAAAAAAACAACAACAAAAAACCCCAGAUGAUGUUUUUUUUCCUUAGCUGUGCGUUUUUAGAGCACAGAAGAGAUGAAAAUAUCUGGAUUCUCAAGCAUCUUCAGCUGUCGUUGAACAAUAAUGUCGAAAUUGAACAUUUUUGUUGCUGGAAUCCACUUCCUGUCCUAACCUGCAUGUGAUCAUUCAAAGUUUCAAGAAGUUUUAUAUUCUGUAUGAUAUUUAGGGAUCUAUUUUGUUUUACCAAAAUGUAAAUGUGUCUAGCUCUGUGUACAUUUUUUUAAAA